AUGCAAGCUACACUUUCGUCUCUUGUCCUGCUAGCGGCUGCUCCGCUGCUCGCAUACGCAGACCAUUCACCCUGCAAGAGAGGCCUCAACUACUGCGGAUCCGUUCUGAUGAGAAGCUACGGCUGGAGUGAAGCUGAGCUCCGAAGCGUCACGCCGGCGACCUCCAUUCCGGUUUCUGAGCUUCUUUUUCGCUGCCAGCCUCUUGAUGAAGUGGUUUUUGUCGAGAUUUGCUAUGACGGCUGCAUCGACGCCGGCUCAGACAGGUCGGACUUUUGCGAACCGUCCGACUAA